UUUUAUAUUUUACUUUUAUAUGCAUCUCAUGUGACCUGGUGUGAGCUGCCAUCAUCGAAAUGCAUGAAUUUGUUUUGGGCAUUUGCACAAUUUCGGAAGUGUUUCGGAUCGCCGUGCUUUGCCUGUUUUAAAGGAUCUAAGAUGCUGAAUGCUGCAGCAGCCGACAGAAAUAAAGACCCGAUCCUCGCUGUUUUAAGAAGCAGGGUGGCAUCAGACAGGCCUCUGGUCGCUCUGGAAAUAUCUUCUGGCACGGGACAGCAUGUCGUUCACUUUGCCAAAGCAUUUCCCAACAUUACAUGGCAACCGUCUGAAAUUGAAGCGCAGUCGCUGUCGAGUAUUGAGGCAUACAGAGAGUAUCACAAGCUGCAGAAUGUAAAGCCACCCAUCUAUCUGGAUGUGUCUCAGAGCUGGGAGAACUGGACUGGAAUUCAACCCGAGUCAUCUGACCUCAUCGUGAACAUCAACAUGAUGCACAUCUCACCUCUGGCCUGCACAACCGGUUUGUUUAAUAGUGUUGGAAAAAUACUAAAGCCACAAGGAUUGCUUCUGACUUACGGGGUACGUGAAGCAUGUUAAGCCGAUAUUCUUUAAUGCAUUCGGUUACAUUUAUU